AUUAUCCUAAACGCAGUCCGUAUAUUUACCAAUAAAUGAGAUUACGCGGGUUCUGUAUAACUUGUUUUACUUAUGAGAUUGAAGUUCGUGUUAUUACGUGAAUUACAAUAUUUUGCAAGUUCAGAUUACCUGAAUAUAAAGGUAAUUGUACCCUUUGCGAGUCGAGAUAAUUUCUGACAAGUUUUCGUAAUUCUAGUGUUAUUGAAAAUGAGAAAAAUCAGUUUUAUCUGUUUCCUAAAAAUUUCUUUUUUCUCUCAGAAAAUGAUUCCAGUGUUUCAUGGUGCGAUAACCUUUAAAAAUACACAGAAAUAUCAGAAGUCCAAUUUUAUCAGAUCUUCAGUAAAACGAAACAUGAGAAUCCGAUAGAAUACAUGAGUUCUGAUCGAAAACUCGAAAAUGUUUCUUGUGAUCUGAAUUUAAAAUAAUGCUGAAUUUUGCUAUAGUGUCCGAAAAUAUGAUUUAUUUCUUAGAACUUUCCAAAAAGCAAUUAUGAAGUUAUACAUUCAUUUUAUCACAGGGUUAAUUUUUUUUUUUUUUUUUGUACCAUCAUCAUUUACGAUUUUUUCACGAACUUCGAACCUUUCCGAAGAGAUGGAAAAUAGCGAUAUAAUUCUUAUAAACGACCUUCAACCUCGCGAUUAAAUUAUUCUACGUCAGUUUCCAAUUGAAUGUAUUAAGAUCCCUGAUGUAGGCGUGGUUAGGACAAUAUGGCGUCGGAAAUUGCAAUCAGCUGAUCAUUUUAAGCAAACAUAGGAGAUAUGAAACCGCAGGAAGCACUGUGCAGCUUGUUGGACUUUCAUUUACUGACGUUAAGUCAAUGUAGAGUAAAACAUGUGAGAAAAAACCGCUUUCAUCAUUGAAUAUGACGCAAUUAGUGUUGCAUACUUACCGCCGCCAGAUAGCGUAAUUCUGAAUUCUAGGACCAUUAUGCCAAUAUGACACUGCAGCAGCGUUGAUAUAACUUCGCUCGUUAUUAUGCAUGUUUUAUGUCUUGUGUUUCGUUUAGAGAGGAAAGUAUGAGGGAAAUGGCACUCCGACUAUCUUUAGAAGAUGAAAAUAAGCGGAAGACCGAUCGUUCGAUUACUCACGAACGAUCUAUUAUCAUUAUAGGAAGCAAAGGAGUGGGAAAAACUACGAUGGUUUACCGGUUUUUGGAAAAAGAAGAAUCGCCCAAGGCAACCAUUGCUAUGGAUUAUUCGUUCGGACGAAAGGCUGGAAAAAGCUUAGUUAAAGACGUGGUCCACGUUUGGGAGGUCGGUCCCCUGACGUCAUCGCUCCUCUCAGCCGCAAUGACCGGAUCGGCAUUGACCCAUUCCCCGCAUCAUACCACGCUUUUGAUGAUGUUGGAUCUCUCAAAGCCUGAGGAGCUUUGGGCGACGUUGGAAGAAUGUCUGACCAUUGCUCGAAGCGCAAUGAAAAUGAGUUUCGACGAUAACACGAUCAAAGCUCUCAGGGAUUGCCGCAAAAGAGAAAAUAACCCUAAGAACGAAGCUUACGAAGGUGAAACCGAACCAUUUCCUCUCAAGUUGUGCAUCGUUGGCGGCAGAUACGAUGAAUUCAAAGAAUUUAAUUCGGAUAAAAAACAACUAAUCGGUCGGGCCCUUCGGGCAGCGGCCCACGCUUUGGGAGCAGGACUUCACUAUCACUCCUGCAGAGACACGUCCCUCGUUAGAAGAGCAAAGGAUAUGCUGUCGCACUACGGUUUCGGAUCUCAGUUGACAAAAGGCGUUUGUAUCGAUUAUGAGAAACCGCUGUUGGUACCAGUUGGGCUUGAUUCGUUCACGCAGAUUGGACUCAAUUUUGGACAGGGAAGAAAUGCACAUAUUUUAGAAUCCAUAAAGCAGAUGUACGUCACUCAUGUUCCCCAGACGACCAAGGAGAACGAGAACCCCCAAGACCUCGAGGAUCCCGCGAAUGACCCCAACUUCAGGGAGCCGAUAAUCGACAGGCUUAGAGCCCAACGUGAAGAGGUAAAACGAAAGGAAAUCGGCAUUCUGCUGCAAGAGAUGCUGGAAGGCCGAGCCCUGAAGAUUCCGAUUCCCGAGCCAAUGUAGAAUUCUCCGAAUCUUCCGAGAUGAUUGUUUUCCUCUCACCGUAAACUUCCAGUAACAAAGUUGUGUCACCUUUGUCGCCAAGUUGCGAAAUGAUUGGAUUGCAUCGGGAUAAAGCAGCCGCUUCGAGUCUACCGAACGAAUAAUGAUGGACGAUGGAUGUCGCAGGGGUCAACUUGUGACAUAUUGUUAUUUAAUCGUGGUUCUGAUAUUAUUGAUGAGAGUCAGUGCACGAUGGUCGGUCUUUCAGAAAACCAAUUAAUUCUCCUCACGCCUUCGUGCCUCUGAAUUAUAGCCGGGCACGUAGCGCAUUUUAAUUGAGAAGCUGUAUCGCACACAGCAGCAUCGAGAUAUCUACAUUGUAUAUAUACGUCACGAACACACAAGUUUGCAUGUGUGAAGUGUUUUUUCUUACGGUGCUGCAAAAUCACGAAUAAAAGUGCAACACACCAAUUAUUCGUUAAUUAUUCCUGCGGUCUGCGAAUCUUUUUGUCCCCACUCAUGCUAUGUGACUUCGUUAUUCGAUUUCCAAAACAGGUUUAAGUCAAGUCUGACGAUAGGACAAAAAAAUCUUGAAAAUUUUCGUUAACAGUUUUCUUCGGAUCCUUCUAAACGUUGGUAUAUACCAAAGAGAAGGACAAAUUCAUCAGGAGCGAUCUUUAAAUCCGGUAACUCUCAUGAUUUGCUUCUGAUGAUCUCAUUUUCUUGUAAGUUAUUUUUGCACAACAAUGUAUGAAUUUCAAGAAUUUUAAUUAUAACAAAUUCAUCUUUUGGCUUACCAGAUAAAUACGUGAGUCGAUUUCUGUAACGUGUUCUCGAAACGUUUCGAAGAUAUCUUAGGUAUCAAGUUUAAACACGCAACGAAUGCUAGAGCAUGUUCAAAAUACAACUCAAUUUAUCUGUUAUCUGGCUAUUUUUGUGAGCGUAUAAUCAGGUGUGCAGUCCAGCAAAACCAUCAUUCGGACGAAAGAAUUACGAAAUAACGACCUAACAAGUACAGUUGCGAUAAGUCGAGUUGAAUUAGAUAAAAACGGUAUUCCCUCAACAUACAGAACCAAUACGAAAGAAUGAGAAAAACGAAUUCAAUUCAAAAGCGGUCAAUUAUCAACAACUCUUUCGACACAACCUAAUUUCAGAAAUGAAAAGAACUGUAUCGUACGUCAACAUUCAAUUAAUCAUAGCUGAUGGUCUUACAAUUAAGUGUACUUGAAUUUCCAACAAAUAGCUUGAGUUUUAAUUAUUAGUCAGCUCUUCAUUUGUCAGAAGUAAAAAAUAAAUAAUUAAAAAUACUGUGAAAUUAAUACAGCCUGGAUAUAAUUAAGUUAUAUUCUAUAGUUGUAAUAUAAGUUAUUUCGUAAUAUAUUAUGAUGUUAUUGAUGAGUUGUUGAUCAUUGAAAUUGGUCGAAUAUACAUGCCUUAUUUAACGGUAUACACUGUCGAAAAUUUCUGUAUUUCUGUAUUUCUGUAUUUCCUUCACUGUAUUGGAAGUUUUAUUCGGGUACGGAAUAGUGAAUCCACCGUACAUUUACUGUUUGUUCAAUUUACAAAUACAAUA